AGAGAGAGAGAUGGAUGAGGAGAAGAGGAGGGAGAGGGAGAGUGACAGGAGGAAAGGGUGGUGAGGGAAGUGACGGGUGUCUCUCUCAAGCAGGAGAUGGGACAGAGGGCUGUGCCUAGCUAUACAGCUAGGAAGAGUAGAGUGACGAUGAGGUGACCAGCAGAAUACAAGGCCUUCUAGCCCACAGCCUCAUCCCUCAGUCUGUAUCUGCCCGACCUCCCUCCCUCCUCCCCACCCUCCACCCACCACACACACACACACCUCUGAGGAACGGCUGCACCCGGUAAUGCUGUAAGGAUCUCCCCACCCCCACUCACCCACUACCUGCCCCGAUGACGGACACCAGACCCCGACCACAGACGCCAGACGUUUCUUCCCCCUCAGGCCUUCUGAGGAGCACCGGUGACCGGGCCCUGGGGAGUCAACUGUGAGACGAUGGACCAGGAGAGUGGUGGGGAGGCAGUGAAAGGAAGUGGUUAUCAGUGGCAGAACUACAAGCUGGUGGCUGAUCCCACCAUAAGACGGGUCCCACAGAAAGUCUAUCGAUAUGACGGACUCUACUUCAACUUACCGGAUGCUGGUUUCCCACCCGUUGGAGAUGUUCGAGACCCUCGACAACGACGUAUCUGGACUAAACAUCGUGACAUCUCGCUUCCUGUGCCAAAGUUCAAGUUUGACGAGUACUACGUGGGGUCAGUUCCCCUGAAGGAGGUGACCUUCGCCCGCCUCAACGACAACAUCAAAGAGGGCUUCCUGGCUGACAUGUGCAAGAAGUUUGGCGACAUCGAGGAGAUUGAGAUCCUGUACAACCCUAAGAACAAGAAACACCUUGGCUUGGCCAAGGUGGUGUUCACCAGCACGCGGGGUGCCAAGGACACCGUCAAGAACCUGCACAACACCUCCGUGAUGGGGAACAUCAUCCACGCCCAGCUGGACAUCAAAGGACAGCAGAGGAUGAAGUACUUUGAGCUCAUAGUGAAUGGUUUCUACACACCACAGACGGUGCCUACAGGAGGGAAGGCUCUCACUGACAAGUUCCCAGUACACCAGACGGACAUAGCUCCUGCCCUUACCCCUCCUUGCUCACAGGCCAAUGACCCCAGGCGACGGAGGUCUUGUGACGCCAGUUACCCAGGCAAUGCCAGCCAGCCCAGCACUCCUGGCAAUGGCACCCCCUGCUCCCAGGACACCGCAUACUCGAGUGGACACCAGGACACCCCUUCUUCCUUUGGACAGUAUACCCCGCAGUCCCAGGGUACACCCUACACUCCAAGGGGAGGCACCCCCUUCUCACAGGACUCCCCGUUCUCCAGCCGGCAGGGCACUCCGUCCUACCAGCCCUACCAGCAGGACCCAGCCUACAAGUCACGCCGCCAUUCCUCGACUGGAUCCUACCCUCGACGUCAUGCGCCACACCCUCCUUUCCUCCCUUACCGACCCCCGGAGCAGCAGCCUCCGCCUCCUCCUCAGCCUCAUCUCCGCUUCCCCGGCUUCCCCCAGUCCUACCGGCCCUCAACGUCCUCAUCCUCGUCCUUCCUGCCAGCUGGCGACGGCUCCCACUACCUGCCCCAGCCCGAGUCUGGCCUUGCCCCAGCCCCCUACCCCAGCCCCGCGCCCUACCCCCCCUACAGCAAGGAGCCCGCGGCUUUCCCCUUCCCGCCGGGGUCAGAGGCUUACGGUAGGCCCGUCGGGGGUCCAGACUCCCCAGCUGAGGGCCGGCCCCCCUCCCCGCCCCCACCUGGUGCUCCUGCGCCCUCUCCACCCCCCUCUGACUCCCCCCCUCCGGCCGAGAGUCUGCCCUGCGCUCGACACCCGAGCCUGGACUCCCGCAUCGAGAUGCUCCUCCGUGCCCAGCGCCCCGCCUUCUCCUUCCUGGUCAAUGACUCGGAGGAUGAGGAGGAAAGAAGGGGAGGGGGGCGGGAGGGGGAGGGGGAUGGGGUUAGCGGGGCAUGGGUGGGGGAGGGGGAGGAGGAGGUGGAGGGGGAGGUGGGGAGGGAAGAGGAGGUGGAGAUGCUGGAGGAGGAGGAGGAGGAGGAGGAGCGGCGAAGGGGCCCUCCGCCUCCCCCUGAGGUCCGCCCCCCGCCCCUCCCUCCCCCUCCACCUCCCCCUCCACCACCUCCGCCCACUGGCUUCGAAGAUGUCCGCCCAUCCUCAGGACCCCCUCCCCCUCCACCGCCCUCCCCUCCACCAAAACCUCCCCUCCCCCCUCCUCUCCCUGCACAGAGGCGGGGAGAAGCCGGAGAGCGCGAGGCCAAUGGAGAUGAGAUGACAUCUGCCCCCUCCUCUGGCGAGGACAUGGAGAUCUCAGAUGAUGAGCCGGGUGACCCUCACCCAUCUGAGCGUAUUGAGGUGGCCGCCCCCUUCCCCUCGUUUGGGGCUGCCCGGUCCGAACCGGGCUCCCUGAGGGGGAGUGGGGCUAGUGGCAGUGGCCCAGCCCCCCCGGCCCCUGGCGCGGCACCUCCCUUCCCUCCCCACAUCUAUGACUAUGUGAAUCCCCUGGAGCUGGUCAGCCGGCUGGGUAGCCAGUGGGGAGGGUUGCCCAUGUCUUUCCAGAUGCAGACUCAGAUGUUGACCCGCCUGCAGCAGCUGGCCAGGACCAAAGGUCCGCCUGGGGCCGGCUCUUUCCCUGCCUACCCCUGCCAGGGGGCCUUUGGGGCCUAUGGAGUCUAUACCACACCCGAGAGGGAUGGCAGACUCUUCCCAGAGCCUCUACUGCCCCCCUCCAUCCCCUCGUCCACCUCCUCCACCUCAACGGCUGCUACCAGCUCCUCCUCCUCGACAGCCACCUCUGCCGAGCCUCAGGCGGCGCUCCCCUGGCAGAGCGAGGCUCCCAAAGACGACCCACACCUCUCGACGGUGGACGGUGUCCUCUCUGCCUUGGUCCUGGAGAUGAAGAACAUCAUGAAGCGGGACCUCAACCGCAAGAUGGUGGAGAUGGUGGCCUUCCGGACCUUCGACGAGUGGUGGGAGCGCAAAGAGCAGAAGGCCAAGCCCUUCCACAACACAGCGAGACUCCAGGCUAAGGAGGAGGAGAAGCCCAAGCCCAAGGAGCCUUCCAUGUUCUCGCUGGUGGACUGGGCCAAGAGCGGUGGGUUUGGAGGCUCAGCGAGUGGUGCCAGUGGUCUAGAGGCCUACGGCUUUGGGAUGGGUCUCCGAGCCUCACUGAGACUCCCAUCGUUCAAGGUGAAAAGGAAGGAGCUGUCAGAACUUCCCGAGAGCGUGGAACUCAAACGCCCUCGCCAGACCCUUGCUCUGUACGAAGAGGAUGAAGAGGUGGAACGGGAGAAGGAGACCUCGGAUGCGGCCAGCCACCCCUCAGAGGCACCCAAACGUGAUACAGAGAUGGGCAAGAAACGUGGCAAGCCCUCCAAGGCCUUGGACCUGAACAGCGAGGGCGAAGAGGAGGAGGAGACCUCGGAGAAGGAAGAGGAGGAGGAGGAGGAGGAGGCUGGUGAAUUGGAGGGCAGUGAGAAAGAGGAUUCGGAAGAAGAUGAGGCAGCUAGCGACACAUCCUCGAAAGCUGGCGACUCUGAUGAGGCGUCCGAAGCUUCAACGGGCUUUGCCAGCAGCUCUGAGGAGGAGGAGGAAGAGGAGGAGGAGGAGAUGGCAGACACGAUGGAUGACUCCACCAUGGACAGCUCUGUGACUGGUGAGAAGGAGUCCAAGCUCGAGCAGGCAGUGGAGACGGCAAACAGAAAUUCCCAGGAGCCGCAGCUCGAGGAGGAGGAUAGCCAGCCGGCAGCAGACAGCGAGGAGAGCAGCAGAGAGCCUGUGGAUGCUAUGGUGAAGUCCGAGGGGAUGGAGGAACCUGCACUUAAAACAGAGUGCACAGAUACCCCAGAGAAACCUCCUCCUCCGACGCCUGAAGCCAAGCCGCAGGUGCCUGAGGACGCAGGAGUGAGCAUCCGCCAGGCACCCGUGCUCCAGCCAACGCCUCGGAAGAGGGUGUCCUUUUCUCUGUCAGAGGAGGAGGAGGAGGCAAAGAGGGAGCUGUCGGCGGGCCCCACCACCAUCUCCAACCUGCCGCUGGAUCACGCUGGGCUGGUGAAGUCACCGUCUGCCCACGUUGGGGCCCGGGCGCGCCCCCAUCACCGCCAGGACACCUUGGCGGAGGAGAGCCUCCACUUCCGAGAGCAGCUGGGCGCCUCUUCACUUCUUCAGCUGGCCAACACCCCCCUCUCUCCUCCCCACGCACCCUCAUCCUUAUUGUCUUUGGAGAAAGGGGUCGACCUGGCCGGGCUGGCUAGCAUCGCCCUCACCUUUGGCAAGGGGAGACACCCUUCCCCUUCCCUCUCCCAUUCUUCCUCUUCCUCCUCUGGCUCCUCGGAUGGGGAGGAGGAGGAGGAGGAGGGGGCUCCCCCCCUCGCACCCUGUCGUCCCGAGCGCCUCUUCCACCUGGAGCACAGCUAUGCCAAGCCUGCCCCCCUCCCCUCACCACCGCCUCGGCGCCGCAAGACCCCCGAGGCCGCCCGACCCCAGCUGGACACCUCCACCACCCCUCCACCCCCUCCUGAGCUUCUCAGUGACCAUCUGGACGCAGUGCUGGAGGCGCCGGAAGAGGUGGUCUGUGCGCCCUACCCCGAGGCUGACCUCCGGGCCCCCGCUGCUGCACAGGAAGAAGAGGAGAGGGGCAGUAGUGAGGAGGAAGCAAGGACUCGCUUGAUCCCCAAGAGGCUGGAACCAGGCGAGGUGCCCCCUGCUGGCAAGAAGGGGGAGGGUGCUGGCAGGUUUCAGCUGCGCUCUGAGUUCGAGGAGAUGGCUGUUCUGUACGAGAUCUGGAACUCAGGUUUGGACCCUGAGGACCUUCACUACCUCCGCCUCACCUAUCAGCAGCUGCUGCAGGAGGACACUGCCCUUGACUGGCUUAACGACACACACUGGGUCUUCCACACUGUCACCAACAUCCCUAGCCCGAAGAGGAAAAGGCGCUCGGAGGAUGGGCUGAGGGAGCACCUUUCGGGAAGCGCCAGGAGCGAGGGAUUCUACAAGAUCAGCAAGAAGGAAAAGGACACUUAUCUCCGGGUUCCUGUCACUCCCCGAGAGACCCUCCUCACCCACUCUUUCCUCUGCAACCCUGCCCCCCCCAGCCAGGGCUCGAACCGGUUGCUGUCGGAGCGACGCUCUGAGCAGAGGCGGCUGCUGACCGCCAUCGGCGCUUCUGCUGUCCUGGACAGUGACCUGCUCAAGUUCAAUCAGCUCAAGUUCCGGAAGAAGAAGCUGAGGUUCGGCCGGAGCCGCAUACACGAAUGGGGUCUGUUCGCAAUGGAGCCCAUUGCGGCUGAUGAGAUGGUCAUCGAAUACGUGGGACAGAACAUCCGUCAGAUGGUCGCUGACAUGCGGGAGCGGAGGUACGAGGAAGAAGGGAUCGGCAGCAGCUACCUGUUCCGAGUGGAUCACGACACAAUCAUCGAUGCCACCAAGUCCGGGAACCUUGCCCGUUUCAUCAACCACUGUUGUACGCCGAACUGCUAUGCCAAAGUCAUUACACUGGAGGCGCAGAAGAAGAUCGUCAUCUACUCGAAGCAACCCAUCAGUGUCAAUGAGGAGAUUACCUACGACUACAAGUUCCCCAUCGAAGAGAACAAGAUUGCCUGCCUGUGCGGGACGGAGAAUUGUCGAGGCACUUUGAACUGAGGGAGCUGUUUGCUUGGGCUGAGUUUCUCUAACCCCACUUCCCCCCCCCAGCCCUUCUCUCGCUCCCCCCCCUUCCUCUCUCCCUCUCCCUUUCUCCCACCUCCCCUCUUCUCUCUCUCACCAUCUCCCAGCCCUCCCUCUCCCCUGCAUAAGGGACAGUACAGUAUUUGGAUCGUUUAAUUUAAGUUUUAAUUCUUUUUGCACUGAUCGUUCAGAACAGAACGGCACCAGCCAUACAGAUCCAACCCUCCUGCUCCAAAUGUGCAUCUGAUACUCCAAAGGCAUUCCCUCCCUCUUCUUCUGACCACCCCCCUUUUCCCCCAUCCCCUACGCCUCCUCCAUCCCUUUCCCUCCCUCCCAACCUCGCAUUCAUCUGUUAGGGUCCUCUGUGACACUCUUAAAGGGGAAGGUAUAGCAUUUAUUUUUGCCUGUAUGGGUUGCAGCUAGUCCUACACAUCACAGAUAAGCAUUAAAUCUAACUGGAGACAUUUGAUGGCAGGGACAGCUCACAGGCCUGUGGGAUCUUGCCAUUCACAGGCGGCGGUGGCGUUGUGCUUGAUGCUGCAGUGGGGAGAUCAUGUGUGUCUGUUCCCCUCCUCCAAGGACCGUGUAUUUACCUCCAGCCUUGAUCUCCUGAUUUCAAACAGGUUGCCCCAUCCCACCUCACCCUACCUACUGCCCUCCAGAGGGGGGUGGAGAAGGGCAUGGGCAAAGAAGCCCCAGGACAGCUAACAUUUACCCACUGGAGCUGCAACGUAUGCUCAUUGCGUGGGUGAUCUUGGCGAGAAUGGUGGCAAAAGCUGCAGUGGUCCCCAUCAGCACUCGUUACCCUUUUAAGAAGAUGGAGAAUGUAGCCGUUUGAAGGAAUGCUGCUGAGGGGAGGGAUGCCUGCACUGCGUCGCGUCGGUCACCAGGUGGGGCUGCUGAGCCCGGCUGGCAACCGCUCCGCCGCGCCACCUCGUGUCCGAGUGGUGGAAGGGCAAGUGCUCAAAACAUCCAAUGGCCACGGCCGCUGGUCCCCUGACUCUCACCCGCCCUCAUUACUAAUCAGUGACUGCAUCCUCUGUCUGCUGAACCAUGCCUUCCACUCCUCUGUUUUCCCCGAUGCAACCUCCACCUUCACCCCAUCCCUCCACCAGAUCUUCUGCCUCCCCUGUCUCAUCCAACUCACUCUAUCUCCUCCCCAUCUUCUCAUCUCCCUAUCUUGUCUCCCACCCCCUUCGUCCCUCAUUCUCUCACCUCCCUUCUUCUUCCUCCCACACCCUCUUGCCUUCAUCCCUACCUGACCUCUCCCUCAUCCCCUGCACCCACUUCCCCUCAUCCCCUCUCUUUACCAUCACCUACAUCUCCUUGCCCGCACCCCUCUCCACCACUCCACCCACUUCCUUCCCCUCUCCCCCUCCACACACACUCCCAACUCGACCCCUCCUUCCCCAUCACCCUUUUCACCCUUCUCCUCCCCCUCGACACCCCCAUCCCAUCUCAUCACACUCCCUCCAACCCUCCUCAUAAGACAAGGUAUGCAGGAAGAUUCACUCCAAACUCCAGUGCCUGCUUCUUGGCUCCAAAUCUCUCCCACCCCAGUGCCAAGAAGCCUCUGUGCCUUUUCUCCAAAUCCCCUUCCAUUCAGUGGGGGGGGGGAACAGGGAGGGGAGGGGAGGGUGUACACUACCCACCACAAUCCCAGUUUCUCUCCUCCAUUCUGGGAGAGCGCAUAGGCGGGGCUGCACAGCCAGAUAUUCAGGGAGGGCUUAGCCCAGAAACCCGCUGGUGGGGGGUGGGAAGGAGAGAGAGAGAGAGAAAUUCUCCCUCUUCCUCCCUCUUCCUUUCUCUCUCCCUCUGUCUCUCUGCAGCAGUGAGGGCAAAAUCAAAGCAACAAAAACACAGGAUGUAAAAUAUUGUAGAUGGGAACUCGGGGAAAACAACUAAACAGGGCUUUUAAAUGCCAAGGUCGUUUCUUGUGGAAACGAGUUGUUUGUUAUGUACAUAUUGAAUUAUCCAUUCAUUACUAUGACUGUACAUAUGUGUGGGC